CUCUUGCGAGGCGCCAUCCUCAGUACCCUUUCCCCUUUCCCUCUCUACUAGUGAGAUUUCCCUUUAACUUUUACUUUUUAUACGUUUUAAAUCCAGUGCCUUCGGUUCGUCAUAUUGUUGGUCUUCUUAGUUAUAUUCUGCGUGUAAGUGGCAAUGAUGUUCACGUCCACCGGUUCGAGGGGAUUGUAUAAAGCACCCCUGUCCAAGAGCUUACUGCUGCUUCCUACAGUCCUCACUGUGCUGCUGACUGUGCUUCUGCCUCAGUACCAGGAUCUGUUCAUAUACAACCUCCAGGCUGUCAGGCAGGGCAAGCAGUUCUGGAGGCUGGUGAGUGGACGGCUCAUCUGCUUGGACCUGAAAGACACUUUCUGCAGCAGUUUGCUUAUCUACAACUUUCGUAUUUUUGAGAGAAGGUUUGGCAGCCACAAAUUUGCUGUAAGUUUGAAUAGCAGCACUGUUGUGUGUCUUCCUGUUUUUUUAAUACUCACCCAUCCCCUCCCCUCCCCCCCUUUUUUCAUGUUUGAACUUAAAGUGGAUGUUCUUCCAGCUGGACUAUUGGGCCCAGUCUUUGCUCUCUUUGUGCCUUUCUACAGCUCCAUCCCACGUGUUCAGGUCACUCAGCUUCUCGGCCACAUCUCAAUCACAAACAAGUCUCUGACGUACAUUGUGGGCGCACAGCUCCUGACCUCAAGUGCCUACAUGUGGGUGGUUGCUUGCAGUGGACUAAUUGCAGGCAUGUUGUAUUAUAGUAAUAAGUUGGCAGUCCAGAAGUUCAUACGUGUUCCAGGAUGGGCAGCCAGAUGUGGUUCGGUGCUCCUAGAGCCGGUCUUCUCCAAUUCUGAGCCCACUGCAGAGGCUCCGCUGGGGAUGGGCGCUACUUUAGACAUCCAGAGACAGCAGAGGAUGGAUAUGCUGGACCAGCAACUGCUCCUGUCUCAGCUGGAACACCUCAGGAGAAAUGCACAGCAACAACAGGCUCAGACAGGUCUCCUGAAUUGGAACAGAUUCUUCCCGACUCUAAGGCACAGAGGACAGAACCGGCACCAUGAGGGUCCCCAGCCGCAACAGCCCCCUUAUAUGCACCCGCCGGAUAACACAGCUGUGGCUGAGGAGCAGGUUGCAAGAUUAAUGGAGAUGGGUUUCUCAAGGAUGGAUGCCCAAGAAGCUCUAAGAGCAUCUAAUAAUGACAUUAACAUUGCAACAAACUUCUUGCUUCAGCACUAAGAUUAAAAUAUAUCGAAGAUGACUGGGAGGACAAGGAGAAUGAGUUUUUUAACUUCUAUAAGAUCACUAAGUUGAAAGUACUUAAGAACACAACACUGGUGUCAUAACUACACCUGCUGGAAGAAGUUAAGAGCGCUGAUACACAACUCACAGGAGCUGAUGAUGUCACAUCCUUUCUGACUAGACAGUGUGGCGCUCCUGCUGCUGUCUUGCAGUGCUACAAGGAGUUGACUUGCAAUUGCAACCCUCUCUGGUCCACAGGAUAGAGCCAACAUGGUGGACAAUUAUACAUUGUGUCUCAGGGCUUGUGCCAUUUGGCAUCGUCCUUGAACCUACAUCGUCUUAUAAUUAAGAAUUCUAUAAUAUAUUGAUAAAUUAUUAAACCAUGUGUUGUUUUGCUAUAAGUAAACUGAAUACCUAAGCUGUGUGUUUUUUCAGUCCUCCAUGGAACACAAAUGAGGAUGUUUAACAGAAUGCCCUGGCUGAUCUUUUCCAUAUGAUAAAGGUAGAGAGUGACUAGUGGCUGGCACGCUCCAAAAUAAAGGAACUAUAAUGGCGCUUUUCCACUGCAUGGUAGGGCUCGGUAGGGUUCACUUUUGUUUUGGGGGGGUUUUCCA